AUGUCCCUGUUGACCCACGUUACCUGGAUUAGUGAGCGUCCCAGCUGGAGGCUGCGGAUCUUGCACAGAGACAGGCCCCGGGUUCAGCUGCACGUCGCCGGCAGGGAGGAGGACGGCGGGCAGGACUUGAUGUUUGUGGUCCACGUGACGAAGGACGGGGUCAAGUUCAUCCAGCCUCAGACGGUAACAGACCAGUACGUGGCCAUCAGCAUCUCUGGCUUCUCUCGCUUCGGUCUGGGCAGGAAGAAUGAGUCCGAAGGUCCCAUCAAUGGCAUGGUGCUGCUGUUUCACCAGCCGUCGGACGAUCCGGAGCUCUACGCCUCGCUGUUCGUUUUGCUGCUGCCCAAGAACGCCAGCAUCGAUCAGGUGAAAAGGAUUUGGAAGGAGAGAAAUGGCGCAAGGUAUAUUGAAACUAUCUCUGACUGCAAGUUGAUCCCAAAUCAGACGUACAAACUGUCCGGACAUCCUGCCAACCGUGUCCAGCCUAAGGAUGCAGAAUUUGUGAACUUUAAAGAAUACCAUAACUACACUCCUUCGUUCAAAGUGCAGCUCGCUGUCGAUGUGAAAGUCGUGGAUCUGGAGCUGAAAUACGGUCACACCUGGUUUCAGUGGCUGCCGGUCUGGCUGUUUGGCUCGCAGGAGCCCGUGGUGUGGAGUGACAACGUCCAGCUUACAGCCACUCCAGCAUCACACACGACAGCCGGUAAGAUCAUUUCCUCUCUUGGACAAAUUCACUUUUGUUCCUGUGAUUUCAUUGGAAACGUCACCAAUUUAGACUUCCUCACUGCUUUUAGUAGGUUUUCUGAGGCUGGAGCACAAAUUAUAGGAAGGGAAACAUGGAAAUAAAUCAACAGUUGAUGUGAUUUGUUUGCGGCACACAAUAACUGUGUUGAUUCUGAAAAACUGUGAGGAAUUUUGUGAGAGUGGGACCGGACAGGAGAGAUAACCAGCCUCCAUACUGGGCCUCCUCUCAUCUCUUCUUCAUUGUCUCUAUUGUUGUGUCUGCUCAUUGAAUUUCAGCCACUAUGCCUGCUGAUGAGAGGCUGCGUGCUGUUCGAACCGAGUUCAUUGAACGAGUGUCUGGACCUGUUCUGAGCUCUCUGCUGCUACAACUUCGGGCCCUGAACGUAAUAAACUCCAGAGAAGAGGAGACAGUAAAAGAUGUAACCCCGAGACCUGAUAAAGCAACAAAACU